AUGACACCUGUGGUGGGCUGGCUGUUUCUCCAGCUUGUUCUAAGACCAACUCUGGUCCUGGGUAUCAACAUACAGCGUGCCAUUAAGAACUUUGAACACUUAUUCAUCGAUUUCCCUCGGGUUGAGUAUGAAGACAGUUUCCAGGGCUACUGUAAUGGUAUUAUGGCCUAUGUGCGUGGUGCAAUGCAAAAGUGGAAUUGUCCAAAGAUCCAUUAUAUGGUACAUGUUCCCAUCCAAUCCAUCCGGAAGUACUGCAUGCAUAGUGAGAACUUCUGUGUGAGCUACAACCAAUACUGCACAAUAACCAAGGACUCCUUCCCUCUCACAAUCUGCCAGUGGAUCCAGAGCUACCCACCCACCAGUUGCCGCUACAAUACUACCCUAACCAACAGCAGGCUCUACCUGCUCUGUUCCCGCAGGUAUAAUGCUGAACCAUUAGAUGUCAUUGGUAUCUUCUAG